AUGGGAAACGCAGCUUCUUCCUGCACUGGAACUGUAAACCUGCCGGAACUUCGUCGGGCAUUGCUCAAUUGGGAAUCUCGCCGGGCAGACGCCGACUUCGAGAUUCCCUGGACGAAAUCUCACCUCACAGCUGUUCUCGAUUACGCCCUAAAAAUGGAGCGCAUCAACUCCUCCUUCCACUCGGCUCCACUUAGCCCGCUCAGAGCUAGCGAUUCGGAAGUUUUUCGUAUAUCCAGGAAAACCUCCCAUCCCAGAAUACGCCCGUUCGAUGAUCAAGUUGACAAUCUUAAGAGAGAGCUGGGAUUCCUGGUUAGUAUUUUAGGCGAUACGCCAUUUUUGCAUGCCGAGCUCGAGCAUGUUCACAAUCUCUUAGCGGAGUUUGUGGUCGUCGGAAACCUAGCCGGAAGUUUGGUUUAUUGCUUCGUUUUCACCACUGAUCAGCAGUUUAAAUCCGUGACUACGAGAAUCGUAAAGGCCAUGGAUUCUCUGUUUCAACGUGUGGACCUUUUGAAAACUAAUAUAUCGAAUAUGCUUCCGUCUAUUGUUGUGGAUGCUGGUGAUAUUUAUCGAAAGACCCGUCCUGCUGUGGAUUCACUUUCAAUUGUUGAUUCUCUAUUUUACAUUCUCGAGGAUUUAUUGAACCGUGAUUGCGGUGAGAUUACUGAUCUCAAGGAUCAAAUUAAAGUAAUUUUUCACGAGCUUAUGUUUGCGUUAUCUGCCCACGAGAAUAUAAGGACAUAUUUGCAUUCAGAAACAGAGGAGCCAAGAGAACCCGCGGUGCGGCUUAUAGACGUGGCUUACGAAACUGAAUAUCUAAUCAAUUCGUUUUUGGUUAAGAACAUUCCUCUUUGGUACUUCUCCCUCAGGCUCCCUCAUGUUGUUGACAAGAUGAAGCUUAUUGGGAGCAGGCUCCAAGAAAUCGAAAGGGAUUAUGACAAGGAUAUCGUUGAGAGCUAUCAAAAGGGAAUCUUAAAAGUUGCGAAGACUGAGAAUACGCCUCUAUCAUCACGAGCCAAGAGAAAUAAUGAAGUUGGUGACCUUGUAAUUGGCUUUGAUGAUAAUGUGACAAAUGUUUUGGGCAAGCUAAUAGGGGAAGGCGAGCAGCUCCAAGUUAUAUCAAUCUACGGAAUGCCUGGGCUCGGUAAGACUACUUUAGCAAGGAAGAUAUACAAUCAUCGCUCGGUUAACUAUGAUAGUUAUAGGCAUCUACCUGGACAUUUGAAACCAUGCUUUCUUUACUUUGCGGCAUUUCCUGAGGACGCAGAAAUUCCAGCUCAGAAGCUGAUAAUGCUAUGGAUUGCUGAAGGAUAUGUGAAGGAAGAAGAGAAUAAGAGUGCAGAGAUUGUAGCCGAAGAAUAUUUGAUUGAGCUAAUUGAUAAAAGCCUAGUAAUGGUUGCAAAGAGAAGAUAUGAUGGUGGAUGUAAAGCAUGUGUCAUUCAUGAUCUGUUGCAUGACUUGUGCUUAAGAAAAGCUGGAGAAGAGAAUCUCCUGAAGUUAAUGGAUGAAAACUGCUCGAUAUACGAGCGACAUCACUGCUUAUGCUUUAAUGUUUCCAAAGCCCGGAUUGAAAUUUUCAGACCCUUUUUCAUGCCGCACGUACGCUCUUUCUUCGGCCGACAUUUGAAGACAAAGCGCAACGUCCUCAGCAUAAAAUUACUCAGGGCCUUGGAUUUGCAAGACAGUGAGUGUGAUCCAGGAGCAGUUAGAUUCCUGCUUCACUUGCGAUACUUGUCCGCUAACGAGACACCACCCUUGAUAAGCCAGCUCGUGAACCUUGAAUAUCUCAUUGUAAAGACAUCGAGGAUAGUGGAUAUACACCCGAGCAUCCUGAAAAUGAUGAAGCUGAGGCACCUCCAACUAGCCCCACUAGCUAUUUUCGACGAGAAUUGUGACAGUUCCGUGACAAACAACCUCAAGUACCUCUCAAAUGUAUACAUAAGCAAUCUAAAGGAAGAGAAUAUGAUGAGAUGUUCGCCCGAUCUCUGUAAACUCAAAUGCAGAUGUCAGCCCUUUCCGGACGAGCAGGGAAAACUUCGUUAUCCCAACCUUGAAUUUCUCACUCGGCUUGAGUCUCUCAAAAUGACGACCUUGCGCGGUUAUAAGAAUGCGGAGAUUAAUUUCCCCUCGAAUAUAAAGAAGGUGACGCUGGACGGCCUGCGCUUGCCUUGGGAAAAGGUGCUUACAGGGCUCAACAUUAACAAAGAAAUCGAGGAGGGAAUUCAAGAUUUCCCAAACGGGCAACGUUCCUCCAAGGCAUAUCAAAUCAUUACAAGUUCAUUGCAUUUGUCGCGCAUCACCAUCCACAGAUCAAUCGUUUCCUCUUAG